AUGCUCCCAAUUCAGCCACAGCCUCAAUCACAACAGGUGACUGAAAAACCCGCUGUGCCAAAUAACAAUUCGAGCGGGUUCAGGUCCAAACUUUCAAUUGUUCCCAGCAAAGAUAAUUUUGUUACAUUUACGCCCCUGAAGGAUUCCAGUAAGAAAUCAGCGGGAGUCAAAAAACCCAAAUUUAAAGAGCCCAUCUUCGUUACUGAAUUGCCACAAAAUGCUUACAAGAAAAAGAAACCCACUGCAUCUCCAUCAAACCAUAGUAGUGGUGAAGAAAACUCGGAUGAUGAUAUGUUGUUAGAUGAUAUGGUAAAUGCGUCUCCCAAUUCAAAGAAACUGAGUUCAAAGGAACGACGUCAAGUUCGCAAUAGGAUUUCUGCACGUAAUUUUAGAGUUCGUAGAAAGGAAUAUAUUACUCAGUUAGAAGAGAAGGUUGAGGAGCAUGAAAAGACAAUAGAAAAUCUAAAGCAAGAGAAUUCCAAACUUCGUACAGCCAAUGAGGAGUUACUCCAACAAGUACUUAGUCAACCGGUUACACCACCUGCUUCAGAUGAUUUAUUUUCGUCUUCCUCUGGUUCAGAAGGCCACCAAUCUCCAGAAUCUGGGCCUGUUCCAGCCAUGUUCCAAUUCCAGAUGGAUGACUUGUAUGAUUUUAGUUUGUUUGAUCAACAACAGCAAUCUCAAAACAUGAUUGAUACCAGUAAUUUGUUUUAUUUAAAUCACGCUGUUAUGCCAGAUUGGGAUAUUCACCAGGUGCUUGGUGGAAAGGGCCGUCCUAAUUCGUCUGAAGAAAUGCAGCGCCAAAUUUCUCGGGACCUCAUUACUGAUUAUCCAUUGCUCGCUCCUGCUCUCAUGUCGAUUGUUAUCAGACAUACUUUGACCUUGGAAUACGUUGCCUCUCUCGCCAAAGAAUUUUCAGACGCAACCGGUGCUAGUUUAACUACAGAAACAACCAAGAAGAAGAAGAUGUUGGAGUUGGAACAGGGCACAGAAGUGUCAAAGGAACAGGGUACAAAGGUGUCAAAGGAACAGGCUAGAGUGGAACUCAAGGAACAUGUCAAAGCAGACUCUAAUGAGAGAUUGACGGAUGAAGAGUUUCUUGAAAGUAUUCUCGUGAAUUACUUUCCUUCCUAUCUUUUGGCUCGUGCACGGGGAAAAUCACAUGAUGAGAUUAUCGCAUCCUUUAGAAAAUGUACGGAUAAUAACGCCAAAUGUCAAAUGAAGAGAGUGAACAAAGAUGAGAAGAAGGCCAAACAGGUUAAAACUAAAGAAGCUAAACCACAAUCGAAAUUUGCAAUGCUGAAUACUUACUGUCGAGUGGCUGGCACACUUUUGAAACACCCUCAACAGAUGUCCCAAGUAAGAAACGUAUUGAAGCAAGAAAUCUCAUUUUCACAUAACAAGCACACUGCUUUAAUUGAAAAUAACUAUGCCUCAAUGAUCAGUCCAUUCAAAAAACUUCGUAUUACUACUCAAAAGUAA